AUGACGUCGCACAUUGUUCUACCAAAGACGGCAAACUCAGAUAUUGCUGAAAUUUUGCAUCGGCCUAUUAGGAGUCUAACAUUUCCAAAAAACAGUAAUAUGGGUAUCUUCGUCGCUAUCGCGGUACCACUCGAGGAUCCUCUGAAUUCGAUCUCGCUAUCGUAUUUCUUCGAGGCUAACUACGCUUUACCGCCGAACAUAACGUACCUCGAGCCCUGGACGGAGGUAAAAAGAAGGAAGCGGAAUAUCGAGAGAACCACAAUCUAUCGAGUUCUGGAAAGUAAAUUCGAGAGCUCCGGGUAUUCCGGAAGGGAGUGUCUGCUGAGAGCAAUCUGCGAGACCUCGGAGUUCCCGCUCCGACACAACGGGUUGAUCGGCGACAUCAUGCACGUAAUCUUCACGUAA